CAUCAGCUCAAGGCGUUUACUAUUAUUAUUGUACCUACGACAACUUCGAAAAAAAAAACUUAAUCUCUUACAUUCUUCCAUUACCCAAAAGUUCAUUGAAAAAACAUACCCAUACAUUUACCACUUGCAGUUGAUUAAGUACAUGCCUACAUAUAGUACCUACUAGGCACCGAUAGCUUACUAGGCAGGUACAUUUCACUCAUUAGCUGUCUUCAACCGGUUUCCAAAGCUUCGCCAGGUUUUCUUAGCCGCAUUCGUCAUUGAUGUUUAGCUCACAGUCCAAACAAUUUUUUAGCUUCUAUUAAGAUUAACGGUAACCUUGGAUAGAGAGGCAUUGUUUAUCAUUGAGGAUCCUUAUUCCAAUCUGUGCUUAUUUCUCCUUCUUUCCCUUCUUUGCUGUCAAUGAUACCUACCUAUACGUAGUAUCUAUCUUGUCAGACGGCGACCAAACAAACCCAUAGAUUCUAGUUGUAUGCCAGCAGUUCAUAUUCUGCUGUGUUUCAUAACUGGGACAUGACUCGUCUGAUGACUAGUGCUCAUUUAAACCUCAUGCCGAUACAAUAGCUAUCAGUAUGCUAAAAUUGUCCAAUUCGAACGAUGCCCAAAACCAAAGCGCAUAUGCGCAGCUCCCGUCGCGCACCUGUGCUCAGAGAUAGCGAGAUCGAUCAUGAAAUAAGCCUCGUCGACCAUUCGGUAGUCGUAGAAGAGUCACAAUCUCUUACUCCCGAAACCACCAACAAUAUUGUCCACUCUCCCUCAACUCAACCCCUAAUCUCGAACGAGAGUAGAGCCCCAUCUACGCAGCCUCCUGAAACGGAGGAUGCCCGACCGUCGAAUGACGCAAACACCGAAGCAGGAUCAUCUGGCGCAGGGAACACAACACAGGCUGGUACAGUGGAUACUGCGAUCCCAGAAAAUGGGGAAAUGCCUGGGUCAAAUGGAAAAAACAUUACGAAAAACCGUUCUGGUAGCAAAAAUCGACAUGCCCGUAAAUCCAAAGAACUCGAGACUGCAAUUGACAUCCUCUAUGAGAACCAGCGUGGAGGCUUUCUUUGCGGUAUUCCUCUAUUCUCAGCUGCCGCAUUGGGGAAUCUCGAUCCUACACCUUGGACCAACUUCGCUCACAGACCCAGCCCGACCGACAUAACCACGGCCCAGGUGCCCGAUCCAAGCUGGGAAUGGUCUUGGCCUGAAUGGCGUGUGAACCAUGACGAGGCGAUUAGUACCGACGGUGAUGGGUGGGAAUAUUCGUUCAUGUUUUCCAAGAAAUUCUCUUGGCACGGUCCAAAGUGGUACAACUCAUUCGUGCGGAGGAGGGCAUGGAUAAGGGGACGAAUCAAGAAGGGUCGUGGUUACGAGGCAAAUGAACUCCUCGUUAUGGGCCCCAACUACUUUUCGGUUACUCCUACGAGGAUAGAGGGUGGACGAGCUAGUAUCAGCCAGCAAAUGGACCAUUUAACUCAUGAUGCUAUUAGGAGAUCUCAUGAUUCCCGGCUGGGAGACGAGCACUACGAACCGAAAGCCGAGUUAACUACGAUGGAUGAAUUAAUAGCGGUUUUGAGGAGAUCGCGUAUUGAUCGAGAAAACCUCGACGCGAUGGAAAAUUACAUCGAGCAUUGCUCGGACGACUUGAAGGAUUUACCAGAUCACAUGCACGAAAUUAUGUCUGUAUUCGUCUUCCAGGCAUCCCGGAAACUACUCUUGGCACGGCUCAUAAAACUCCAUGAUGACCAGGUAGAGAGCGAACGGAAGGGGAAAUCCAUAGCAACGAAGCUCAAGGCUGAGAAUCUAGCCGGGGCGAUUAAGCACGCUGACGAGGAACUCCGCAGACUGGAGUACUGGAGUGACAUCAAAGGAAUGGCUGAAAGUGGUGAGUCCAGAGGUGCGGCGGAUUGUGGGAAGGGAUGGGGCCGUGGUUGGGAAGGCGUUGAUAAUAGCGGCCCUAAAGGUGUCAGACCAGAAGGCGAGCCUCUAUGAUGGGGGUGAUGGGUGAUGGGUGACGGGAGGUCUAUGGACAUAUUAUAUUGGUGGUGAGUGAUGACGUAGCAUUUUUGCAUGGGAGUCUGGAGCAAAAGGACCUUUUUUCUUUUUCUCUUUGGGUUUCCAGUCAUCUUUUCUUUGGGAUAUCAUUACCAGUAGACGGACAGCCCAUCCGGCUGAGCAGGAAGGAAAUACUUUGGUUAGUCACAUAUGUAGUGUUCAGGCGUGUCGUGUCACACUACAUAUAGCAUGUACAUACAUACAUACAUACCUAUGCAUUAGCAGCAUGAUAGGUAACAAAAGCACUCGAAGAACGAACGAUGUUUCCAGUUAUUUUUUUUUUAUUUCUUUUAUUUUUUUCGGAUUUCAAAAGGCUUAUUAAUUCCAUGGCUGUUGGUUGCUUGCUUGCUCAGCCCCCGAACUACUAUGCAGUAGGUAGUACCUACAGUAGCUUACCGCAUGGCAUACAUGUACAUAAGUAAUUAGGUUAGGGGAUCCGUCAAUCCAUCAAUACCUAGGUUAGGUACGUUACCUACCUUAUACUUACAGUACCUAGGUUAGGUU